CAUGGUAACGAUGUUCUGGGCCAAGAGCCUGUAGGAGGAGCCGUCUGGAUGGAGGGCGCGUCCCGGGUCCUGUUGAGGCGGGCCCGGGAAAGCCGUCGCCCUCGUCUUUGCAGCCGCUCCCAGUAUUUCCUCCUCUUGUUCUUGCACCUCCUGGCGUCCCCUUCAAUUGGAUAUUUCUAUUCUGAAGGAUACUUAAGAAAGAUCAUUGAAGAGGCAAAAGUAGUGAAAUUUGUAGGAUCAUUUACCUUUCCAGUCAAAAUUUAUGUCAUGUUGCAUCAAAAAAGUCCUCAUAUACUAUGUAUAACUGAAAAUCUGCGCGAUGUAGAGUUGAUAGACCCAUCAUUCCAUUGGCAUACACCAAUUGACACUACUGUUCCAGACAAUUCCUCUGUAAAAGUAACAACAACAGGAAGCCUUAUAUUCCAUAACUUCACUGAAGAGAUGAGUGGAAUUUAUACUUGUUCCCUUACAUAUAAACGUAUACCAGAAGAGAUGGAAAAAACUCUCCAGCUAAAAUAUGUUUUAUACGCUUAUGUAAAUCCUGAUUUUUACUACCAGUUCACAGCUCGAUAUCAUUCUGCACCCUGCAAUAGUAUCUACAAUGUCUCAUUUGAGAAAAAGUUGCUUCAGAUUUUGAGCAAACUAGUUGUUGGUCUUUCCUGUAAAAUAACAUUAAGCAAGUCUGAAUGUCAUCAUGUUAAGAUGCAGAGAGCUGGUUUACAAAAUGAAUUGUUUUUCACUUUUUCAGUUAUCCCCAUGGAAAAUGGGACAAAAGGACCUGAUGCAUGCACAAAUUCUCCUUGUGAUCCUGUUGCCAGACUAAAUAAGGCUAAAAAUCUUAUAGAGAGAUUUUUUACUCAACAAGUAGACAUUCUGGAAAAACGAUCAGAGCCACUUCCUGAGAUAUACUAUAUUCAAGGUACUCUGAAAGUAGUGUGGAUUAAUCUUUGCAGACCAGGAUAUGGGAUGAAUGCUCUAAUACAUCCAAAUUGCCCUGAUUGUUGUGUGAUCUGUAACCCUGGAACUUAUAACCCCCACAGUGGAAUUCACUGCCUUCAGUGCAACAGCAGCAUGGCAUAUGGAUCAACAAAAUGCUAAAGUACCAUUAUUUUAUGCUUUUUGGCAACUUAAUAAAUUAAAAAAGUUAAUAAUUUCAGCAUUUUGCAUAAGUAAAAUACAUUUAUUAAAAAAAA